GAUUUGUUCCAUUAACUAUUUUUACCCUGCUGUUGAUGUAACGGGAAUGGGAAUGAAUCUAUUUCUUUUGUCUGUGUUUUAAACAAUACUUUAAACUAUUAAUUGGCUAUCAGGGUGAAAACUACUGAGGCUAAAUUAUCAUUAAAGGGGUGAACAAGGCACUAGGACCUAGGAGGAAUCUCUUCCACCCAGGCAGGAAUUUCUUGCUUGGAGCUCAGACAACAAAGGCAGAGUGAGACUGAUUUUCUUUCUCUCAGCAUCUCCACCCUACGAGCUGAAAACCGCUUCAGAUCUUUAGGGUUCACCAAACUAUGGAACUUGAUUUUGGACACUUUGACGAAAGAGAUAAGACGUCCAGAAACAUGCGAGGCUCACGUAUGAAUGGAUUGCCCAGCCCCACUCACAGUGCUCACUGUAGCUUCUACCGAACCCGGACCUUACAGGCGCUGAGUAAUGAGAAGAAAGCAAAGAAGGUGCGUUUCUAUCGCAAUGGAGACCGCUACUUCAAGGGGAUUGUGUACGCCGUGUCCUCUGACCGUUUCCGAAGCUUUGACGCUUUGCUGGCUGACCUGACCCGGUCUCUGUCUGAUAACAUUAACCUGCCUCAGGGAGUUCGCUACAUCUACACCAUCGAUGGGACCAGAAAGAUUGGGAGCAUGGAUGAACUGGAAGAAGGGGAAAGCUAUGUCUGUUCAUCUGACAACUUCUUCAAGAAAGUGGAGUAUACCAAGAAUGUCAAUCCCAACUGGUCUGUCAAUGUGAAGACAUCGGCCAACCUGAAAGCACCUCAGUCUCUGGCCAGCAGCAACAGUGCCCAAGCAAGGGAGAACAAGGAUUUUGUGCGUCCCAAACUGGUGACCAUCAUCCGCAGUGGGGUGAAACCCCGAAAGGCAGUCCGCGUGCUCCUGAACAAGAAGACGGCACAUUCGUUCGAGCAAGUUCUCACUGACAUCACUGAAGCUAUAAAACUGGAGACGGGAGUGGUCAAAAAGCUGUACACUCUGGAUGGGAAACAGGUGACCUGUCUCCAUGAUUUCUUUGGGGAUGAUGAUGUGUUUAUUGCCUGUGGACCGGAAAAAUUCCGCUAUGCACAGGAUGACUUUUCUCUGGAUGAAAAUGAGUGUCGUGUAAUGAAAGGGAAUCCUCCGACCACUCCAGGCAGCAAGUCAUCCCCCACCCCUCAGAAGAGCUCCGCAAAGAGUCCAGCCCCCAUGCGCAGGAGCAAGUCUCCAGCUGAUUCAGGUAACCAUCAAGAUGCAAAUGGAACAUCAAGCAGUCAACUGUCUACACCUAAAUCCAAGCAGUCUCCAAUCUCCACACCCACCAGUCCAGGCAGCCUCCGCAAGCACAAGGUAGAUUUGUACCUGCCUCUGUCCUUGGAUGACUCAGAUUCUCUCGGAGAUUCCAUGUAAAGGAACACAAUGCUAAUUGUCCAUAGUACAAGCGAUGUUAAGAUACAGUACAGUACUUCUGCCAAAAGAAGCAGAUGAGUGACUGGUGCUUUCAAAUCAAAGGACACAAAGUUAUAUGUCAUUUUUUUUCCGUGAUUUAUCCUCUGUGCCACAAAUCGACACCUAUCAACUAAUAGGGAUAGAGUGAUACCAUCCUUCUGAGUUAUAUUAUAGGGAUGCAAAAUGGGCAUUGACAGCAAUCCGAAGCCAAUGAGCUCGUACAUUUCCCCUUUACUUCAAUUUUUUCUUCUCCACUCUAACUUCUUGAAUUUACUAUUGACUGCAAAACAGCUGACAGUUCCCGCUAGAAACACGUAAAUAUUUCACUGAUCAAUUCUAAAGCUAAAAGAAAACAAAUACUAUUUUCCAUCUUUUCAAAAUGCUGAUACAUGCUAGCAGUUCUUUGAAAGCAGAUCUGCUCCUAAUUUUGCAUCCCUGGUUUUAGACCUGCAUGCUCUCUAGCACCAAUUUGUGUUGCUGAACGGUGGGGAGGCAGAUGACUUAUUACUCUGGUAAACAAUGCUUAAGAUGCCAGCAGAAUGUGAAACAAAGGAGUUAGGACAAGAUUGAGAAAUGCUGCAUAAGAUGCUAAGUGAAAUUUUUAUAGCACAGUGAUUAUAAAUUCAUGUAUUGGGUCUUUUUCUAAUAAAUAAGCAAAGAUAUGUCAGCUGAGUGUCUGGUGAACCAGAUUUCCCAUAUAACCCAAAGAUAAUGCUGGCUGAUAUCAAGUUAUCAUACCUGCCAUGUGGUAUCUCUCUAUCUCUGCUUACAGUAUCAAUGCCUUGUAAACAGCCAACACUGAAAACACUGUGAGAAUUUGUUUUCAGGUCUGACACCUUUAGGUCGCUUUUUGUAGCAAGAAACCAAUACACUUUUUUAUAAAAAAAAACAAAAAAACUUGUAUCUGUGUUUUGGGAGUAAGUAUACAAGCUCCUUUUUUAUAAAAGCUGGUAAUUUUCUUUUGUUUAAAAAACACAUUCAGAAAAAUUUACAAAAAAAAGCCAAUUGCAAAGCAGUAAUAACUAUGUUUAGAAAUCAUGUCAUCACUGCCAAACUGAAGAGAAAUCAAUUCAAAAUAAUGAAUGUUUUGAUAGUUUUUUGUAACGUUUAAACUUUCAUUUUUGGUGUAUACAAUUCAAUACUCCUAAGUAUGGCCAGAUGCUCUAACUAUAUUACAAAUGGAACUUUGUGAUAUUCAAAAGACUGUAUUUUAGGAAUGUCAUAUCAGGGGGAAAACAAACUGGUAUGGAAGUUAGAGAAACCUUUCAUUUUGAUUAAUUACUGACUUGUGCAGAAUGCAGAGUUCAUGUAUUUACAAAGUGCUGGUGGUUUUUACUAUGCUUAGGCUUUAAUAUCAUAGGUUAAUUGAUAUUGCCUCUAUUCUUUCAGUGAACCUGACUCCUUGAAAACUUUAUCUGGAUACAGUCCAUGCAAACUACCCCUGCUUUAUUUGUUUUGUUUUGUUUUUGCUUUUAUUUUUGCUUUGUUUAAGCAGAUAUGCUUAUUAUUUCAUGUCCUUGCGAUCUGUUGUCAUUAGAAACUGUUAUAAAGUUGUGAUAUUGGAUGCGACAUGAAUGCUUGGCUAUAGAAUGACAGUUUUCUUCCUUGUCAUUCAUAUUUUUGUUUUUUUCCAUUGCUACCAUUAACAUUCUCUAUUGGCGCUGUCUUUUAGACUCAUAUGGUGUUGUGUUUAAUGCAAGUUUUUUUAAAACAAGCUGAAUGUGAGCGGAUUCAAAACACAUUUUGGAGUUACCCAGAAGUUUGAGUUAUUUUGCAUCAAAUUUGCACCUACAGUCUUGAGUCCACAAUUAUUUGCACCCACAAUUUUGCAGGAGCAAUAAUUUGUUCCCAUGAAAAAACUUAAUUUAAAUAUGUAACUCUCUGACCACUUUGGUGUUCAAUGCACAUUUGAUCUAUUAUAUUAAGUUAUUUAACUGCAGUUCAGAUGGAUCAAGGUUCAUGUUCCUUCAUGCUUAAAGCUCCAUGUUGGGGAGGGACAGUUUUGGGGACAAAGCACAGGAGUGCUGUUCAGUAAUUUUAGUUCAGCUCUUGGCUCUGCCAGAUUUGGUGUAUGAACUGGAGCAGGUCUCUUAGUUUCUUGGCAGAGGGUGUUGUGAGGCCAAAUGUUCAUUCAUGUCUAUAAAGUGCUUUCAGAUCCACUGACAGGAUGCGCUACACAACUGCAAGGUUUUGCUGUUUGGGGGCGCAAAUCUGGUUAUUUUAGGUGAUGGUGCUCGGGUGUAUGAUCAUGUGGGUGCUAUUUUAGAGACUAUUCUUGAAAAUAUGGCUCUCUAAGUAUAAAGGCAUCAUAGAGCAAAUUAUUUAUGCCACCAACAUUAUUGACUCUAGCCUUUGUUACAUGGAGAAGUUAAAUUUACCUUUGGCACAGUAGAAACUUACUUCCUCUUAUCUUUUCUGCAUUCCUUUUGGGAGUCUUGAAGACCUCCACUACUAAUUUUUCCACAGGGCCUCCCUAAAGACUCUGCCCUGAAUGGUAGCCACCAUCCUCCCUGUUAAAGAUGACUGAGAAGGAGUCCAAUGACAAUGAUGCUUCUUAACUGAGGCAGGUGAGUGAUCACUAGAGUGACACAAGAUGUUCCCUCGCCAUCCAUGGUCUGAGAGACUUGCCACUCCUCCCCCAAUCCCUGUCAAUUUAGGAGGCAAGAGGUUAGCACUGAAAACUAAAUCUGGGACUUCCUUACAGCAGUGCAGAACGCUCAUCAAUAGCUCACCAGGAAAUCCAAGUCUUGUAUAUCUAUAAGCAUAUAUGAGGCCUAUUUCUGACAGCAAUACUGUUAGUAGGCCCGCUGACAGGAGGCAAAAUGAGCAGUUACCCCAGGGCCUGGCAAUUCAAAAGGGCCCAGAGCUCCCUGCUGCCACUGCUACUACUGCGACCGUGGCAGCAGACGGAGCCCCGGGCCAUUUAGAUCACUGCCAGAGCAGCGCACAGUGCGCUCUGGGUGGCUUUGAGGGUUGGGGGGAGCUCUGCAAUCUGAGAGGCACUGAGGGAUGGCUGUCCUGGCCCUGCCCCUUCUGCCUGAGGCCUCACCCUUCCGGGAACACAGAGCUGCUGCCCCCACCCCCCCAGACUAUCAGCUCCCCUUACUGUGUGGUGCAUGGGAAAACUCAGUUUCUCUUUUCCAGGAUCUGUCAUAAUCAGUUUGGCAUGAGACAAAGCAGGAACCCAAAAACUGAAUGGAACUUUAUGCAACUCGCUAUCUGGAUAGUUUAAGCAGAAGUAGAUAGUUUUCCAUCUGCCAUGAACAGUGCUCAGAUAAUUAAAAAAAUCCCAAAACCUCUUAGCGGAACCUUAUAAAGUUAGACCCGUUCUAGGCAUUCUUCAUGAAUUGCCUGUAAAGUGACAUGUCUAAGAACUGGUUCCUGCAAAUACUCACGGAUGGCAGGAGUUUUGCAUGUCUACGGCUUAUUCACAUGAGUAAGGGUUCUGCAGGACUUAGGCCGAUGAUUGUAUCUGAGCACACAUUGCCUCAGCAAGGGGAUUUAAAGAGGCCUAAUAGAAGAAAGUAUUUUCUACAGAGGGAAAAUAAUAGCCAUUUAAUUGAACAAAAACCACAAGUGAAACAGUGUAAGAGGUCAGACUCCCAGGUUUAAGAAUCAUUUUUCCUGGAAGAGAUACCUGGACUGUAGGCAGAGGUCAGUGAGCAUUUCAGAUAUAACACAUAGUCUGUAUUAAUGCUGAUAAUGCAUGAGUACUUGUACAGAAAUUCAUGUGGGAUAGUGUCCAUACAGUGCUAGGCUUCUUUGGUUUCACAGGAUCCCUAAAAUAGAUGGCAUAUAAAAAAAGAAUUAUAGGCACUAUAGUAUAAUAAUUUCAAUAUAUAUAAAUGGCUCUGAAUCAGGAAAGCAUAUAUACAAGUUUUUAAUUAUAAGUAUGUGCUUAAAUCCCAUUUACUUCCGUGGGAUUUAGGCAUGUGCUUAAGUGCUAUCUGUAAUAGUGAUGAACUAUGAAUUACCCAUAGCAGACUACUUGCAGCAAUUCCAGUCAAUUUGAGUUACUUGGAGCAGACUCUAGUACUGCCAUGGUACACUUCAGAGUUCACUUCUAAUUUUGUUCUUUUACAAACAUACAAGGCUCCACGGGAUAUAAGGGUUUGCCAGAUACUAUUACAAAAACUCUUGUCUAAUUUCACCAGGAAGCUGUUUUAUAAUAUAUAUGGAGAUAUACCUAUCUCAUAGAGCUGGAAGGGACCUUGAGAGGUCAUCGAGUACAGUCCCCUGCCCUCACAGCAGGACUAAGUACCAUCCCUUAACAGAUUUGCCCCAGAUCCCUAAAUGACCCCCCCCCUCAAGGACUGAAUUCACAAUCCUGAGUUUAGCAGGCCAAUGCUCAAACGACUGAGCUAUCCCUCCCCUGUAUUGUUUAAAAGCUAUACAUGAAAGAAUCUUAAGCAUUGUGUAUUUCAGAGCUCUGUCUAUGAGAAGGUGCUUCACUCUUUAGUUUACACUAUGCCUGAUCUCCGUGUUGAUACAUAUUAAGCAGUAUGUAUGCUUAUUUCAAGGCAUAUCCACAUUAAGGAGAAAUUAGAGCAAUGUCAACAGUAGUUUUGUUCAUAAAAGAUAAGGCACACGGAGUAUUGCCUCAAAUUAUAGAUGCUUCUGAAACUUUUUAUUAAUAUCUGAAUCCUAAAGUGUACGGACAAGCCCUUCUGCCAUUUGGAACUGUGGAAUGACACCAGCUCUACCACCAUAGCAGCUAAAUUAGUUUCUGAUUUUUGUACAUGAAGCCCCUGAGACAGAGUUUAAAGAUGGCAGUUAUUUGAUUUUAAUUUGGCACAUUUUUUUUUGAUGGGAUGUCAGACUUGCUUCUGUCCUAAAAGUGUCUCAAAUCAUACAAUCAUAGAAUCCUAGGGCUGGAAGAUUCCUCAGGAGGUCAUCAAAUCCAGCCCCCUGCCCAAAGCAGGACCAAUCCCAACUAAAUCAUCCC